AGCUGCUUCGUUCACUAAUCGAUCAUCCCGGGUGUCGGGUGUCGAGUGUCGGGAGUCGGUGCAAGUAGGUGCAAGUAGGUGCAAGUAGGCGCGAGUAGGUGCGAGUAGGUGAAAGUUGGUGUGCCUAUUCGAGAGGACGCAUACCGUGCGAGGACACUUACGAGCAAAAGAAGAGUUUCGAAGAUAUGCAGGUGUGCGAAAAUAACUGUUGCUCCUGCAUAAGCAACCCGUGAUACAGGUGUAUUGGUGCGAGAUGCUGCUGGUUGGCACUGUGUUCGAAAACAUGUCGACGAGGUGCAACGAGGAAUCGACGGGACGGUACAUCGUUUGAAAUCCCGCAGGGUACUCUUACGCUCGUUUCCUUUUCACACCGCGACAAAUGGUCAUGAUUAUGAUGAGAUAACGAACGCAGAAUGAGAUACAGCGGCAGUAACCUUCUCGGUUAUGCAGUUUCCGCGUUUAUCCUAUUUUUUACCGUCACACGUGCGGAGAGCGGUGUCCCCUGUAAAGAUCAUCAAGGACGAUCUUAUGAAACCGGGGGAUCUUACAUUCUUGGCUCGAAUCCUUGUACAUUGUGCAUUUGCGAUAAUGGCAAUCCAAAAUUGUGUAAAGCAUUUGUCUGCACCAAAUUCCCAGAGGAAGAUUGUAAAUCCUUCCUACGUUCGGACAUCUGUUGUCAGUACAUUUGCCUGGACGACAGGCUGUCGUCUAUUUUGAAUUAUAAAACGGAUGGAAUUGGCAACAACGCGACCGACACUACUCCAAAUUAUGAUAUAGGAUUACGAUCUGUUGCUAGUUUUGUAACGGCUGUGCUGUCGCUGAGUCUAUUAUUUUUUUUAAUACAUCGCUUGCGCCAAAGAAAAAUACGAGUUUGCGUGGCAGGAAGACAGAACAGACAAUUGGCAGAGGACCAAAGAAAUUUAGGUAGUAUGGGAUACUUAGAACGAGAUAGACUGUCGUACGGGGUUCCUAUGGACGACAUUCCGUGCGGAGCCAAUUAUCCAUUAUGGAAGCCACCCAGCAAUUACUUUCCGCGCGGAGAAGCUCCGCCGCCUUACGAAGAAGCUGUCGCGGCAGCAAGAGCGGAACAAGCCCUUUUGUCGAUGAACCCGCAAGCGCUUCCACAACUGAAUUUUCCAAACAGCUAUCUGACCAAUGCCACCAGUCGUACCAAUAUAUCGCUCGUAGGAAGCACGCAAAGCGGUAUAAACGGCACCCUUGGUAACCCGACGAAUCUGAUAUGCGACAGCAGUAUCGCCGAUUCGAGUGGCUUGGCAUCCACGCCCAAUAGACCAAUUUCAAAUCCAAACAUAUAUACCAGCUAUCGUCAAUCGAAUCAAAACGAACCAUCUCAAGGAGUUAGCGUAGGGACUUCUACUACAAAUUUUACCAUGGGGACAAACACUUACGAGAAUUUGCCCGCCUCGAUCGGAAUCUCAAAUUUUGUUAACCAGCAUGCGGAUGUAGCCGCGCAACAACCACCCGUCUCCUCGAAUUUGCAGACUUCCGUUUCAAAAAAUUAUCAAACACAUACUACUCUUCCACGUCAAACCGGAGCGUUUACGAUAUCCGCGACAUUGUCGAAUUCAAAUAUAUCUGCCCACCGUACAAUUCCUAGGACUUUAACCACAGCCCGUACCGCUACCAGACUGCAAGGCAUUAUGAACGAUUACUCCACGAGCGAGUUGUUACGACCCUCGCCGACAAAUGCUUCCUCGAAUUUGCCACUUAUCGCGCAAAAAGACUCGUUGACCGAUCAAGAAAAUCGAAAUACAACCACAUUUUAUCAUCAAGACGCGCAAACACAACCUUCCUCGACUCCAUCUUCGUCGAGGCAACAGCACGCCGAGAGCAGGCACCACCAAUCGGAUCACCGAUCCGAGGAAUCUCAUAAUUACAAGCCACCGUUGAACGUGGCAAAUGAAAUUAACGAAGAGGGAAGUUUCGAAUCGGUAGCGUGCGUUUGUAGCAUGCAGGCCCUUCCUACUUUACACGACGAUACCGACGAUUAUAGAAGCGAAUGUGAAAAUUGUAAAAGCGCGACGGGCUCUCGUUAUUAUUUGGAUAACGAGAACGAACUAAUUACAUCUCCGCAUGAAACUAUGACGUUGCACAGAAGACCGGAUGAAACAGCUUCGAGUACUACUCCCCAGUAUUACAGAACUUCACUUACACUGCCUAUAAGUACCCGUCAACGAGCCAGGAGUACUGGAGUUCGAGAAAAUUGGUUCAAUACCAUGCCACAAAGUUCUACAGAAUCAUCGGAUGAAAACUAAUCGCGAGAAUAAGUUUUAUAAUUCUUGCGCACCGCGUAGGUAUUAAGAUGAUUUAUGAUGCAUUUAUCAUUAUGCAAAUUCAGUAUUAGAACAAACUACGACAAGUCUGCGUUGCGUUGCGUUGCGUUGCGUUGCGGGCAACAAUAGUGUCAUACUAUUGUCAAUAGAAGUUUAGUAUCAUUGUAAAAUGUUUCCAAUUUUGUUCAUUGUCAACUUCGAACUGUUCACGUAAUCCAUGCAAACAUACAUGUACACCGAGACACGAAAGUAUUCGAACGCCUUUAAAAAUGGAAUAACUUUUUUAUGAUCGGGCCAAGCGAUCUGAAUUUUUCUGAGAUGUUAGAGAGAUUAGUUUGUUAGAUAAUGGCUAAAUAGUUAUUUUCAAAACCUCCAAUUGGUUGGAAUAGCACAAAAAGGAAAAAACUCUCGUUUGUUUAAAUUCUUUUUAUCUAACCCUAUAUAUAUAAAACAAAAAUUGUAAAAAUUCGCAGAUCUCGGUAAUUUAUACGCAUGCUGAAGAUUUCAUCAAAAUCGGUUAACAUUGUUACGAGCUACAAACAGUUAAAUUUUUCUCAACUUUCGACCGAUAACUGCAAGAAAUCUCGAGAUUUUGACAUCUUUCAAUGCCUGUAUCUUGUCUCUCUGUGACAACCGAUUUCAACGAAAUUUUCAGCAUGUAUUAUAAAUUAUCGAGAUGUAUAAAAUGCAUUUUUUUUUCUUUUUUAAUUUCUUUUAUAGGCUCAAAUAAAAAAGUUGAAAGAAACAGAAGUUUUAAUUUUUUUAUCAUCCCAAUCAAUUGCAAUAUCUGAGAACAAUUUUUUGGCCAUUGUCUAGGUUAUUUACCAAGUUUUAAAAAGCGUUCGAAUACUUUCGCGAGUAUGCGUAUGUAUGUGAACACGGUACAGGUAUACCAUGAAAGUCGAUCAUACUUUUGCUUUCAUAGUUCUGUUUUACAAGUUGUUAUACUGUUGUAGGGUCAAACUCUGCUACAGACGUGUAUACAUAAUCGAUAUUCUUUUCGGUUAUUUUCAUUUCUAUAUGUUUUUAAAUAAGGUACGACGUACGCUAAACAAGAUCAUUUUACAGCGUUUCCAAGAUUCUCCUAUGCGACUAUAGUAUAUUCUAUAAGUAUCAUCUGUCACGAAUUUAUUCCAACCGUUGGCAAACUAGAUUUUUACCACUUCAUUGGUGUUGUACAAUACAAACAUUAGCGUCCUCUCGCCUUCAUAAAAAAAGCAUCUGUGCAAAUAUUCCGAGUAAUCUGGUAACUUAUUUAACCGAUGCGAGAAGAGUAGAUUGAUUUAUGCUCUGUAAAUAUAUACUGUUACAAAUAACCAACGCAUUGACAAUUCGUUCAGUUCAAGUAUAUUCUUGCCGUGAUUGCGAAAGAUCGAACGUGAUACUCUAAACUCUACAUAAAAAAUUAUAGUUGUAAAUCAGUGCCAAUCGAACUUCUUAUUAUAAUAUCGUUACAUUUGUAUCGACUGUUCCAUCAAUGUGAUAUAUUUGAACUUGUGCACCGUCGACUGCUGUAUUUUUCUUAUACUUUACACAGUUACGUCCACCGUAAUGUUGCAAAAUAUUAUGUAUUUCACAUUGGAUGAUAAUGUUGAUAGUCCAUAGAUCUCUUUAAAGAAAUAUCAUUUUAAUACCUGUUUACUGUGUCGCAUUCAAUUUAUGAGAUGUGCACGUUCUAAAAUCUUUAGACAAUACAUAUCGGUGAAAAUUAUAAGAUCAUAUUAAAUUGCAUAGAUACGACGACUUUCCAUCGCAAUCGACUUCCGUAUGCCACCGAAUUUCUACCAUUCUAGAGAAGGUUGUUCCUGUUAAUCUUUGCAACGUACUCUUUGAAAAUAUCAUAUGAAGCAGCUGCUCCAUUAUUUUAGAACAUCUCAAACCUCUUUAGUAUGUCUCACACAUACGUACACACAAUCGGUUUUUAGCUAAUGAUUCGAUUAUAGCGGAACAUUAUUCGUUAUUCAUUAUUCGUACGUGCGUACGUAUGUAUGUGCUUCUGUACGUGUCCGCAUGUAAAAACAUAUGUAUGUACAUAUGUACUGUGUUUCAACUACAUACUGCACUUGAACUCAGGAAAACGAUAUCCUUCGCUUUUUCUAUUUAAUACCAGUUCGAUGAUAUAUUUCUUUCCAGAUUUUUUAUAAAAACAUACAGCGCAAUCAGUUUUGUUUUCAUUCGACGAAUCGUUUAAUCUAAUCGCAUGAUCUAUCGUAAAACUUUCUAACGACUUUACAAAGUUGACGUAAAAGUGAACGUUUUUAGUCGAAAUGCGAAAUGAUAACCCUUACAGUUAUAAGGAAAAUUAUAUUCGUUUUAGGAUCAUAUAAUAAUAAAUACAUACUUUUAGUAUUUGCUGUGCGCGUACAGUGAACAAACUGUUUACAGUCUACCAUUCAUAAUUACUGACCAUUAAGCUGUGUUGGACGAAAAGAAAGAUAUAAUUUGUUAGAUCACAUAAUCAUAAAUAUGUAUAAUAAUUCCGAUGUCUAGUUAUUGGAUUAAUAGCAUUUAAGAAUCUCGCCAAUUAUGUUUGCCAAUUAUGAAAGACUUCUGUAUGGACCGAGGUAAAAUUACACCUCGUAGAAGCACGUGAAGAUAAUGGUUCUCUAAUUAUUUCAUCUUCUUCUCUGGUUUCUUUAUCCCAUUUCUCUUUUGGUUUUAUUUAUUGUUACACGAUUCACCGGAUAGUCUUUCUUCGUUGCCGUAUCUGAAUCGUGAUGAUGGAAAAUUCAUGAAACUUACAGUUACACAUGACUUACAUGUACAACAAAUCUUACCAGGUGCCGGUGUACCGGUACCAGCUACAUCUGUGGUUUACGUUGACCACAGUAUACAUUUACAAUUGGAUUGUACAUUAUGAAAUAUUUGAAUGAUCAAUUAAAUUGUGAGAUCGAAAAUAUAAUUGUUUCUAAAUCACAGUCAAAUUACAGAUAUUUGUAAUGUUACCCGUGCUUUUAGCUACAUUACUAAAACUAUACAUCAUCAUUUAUUUAACGAUAUCUCAGUCUUUCAUGUAUUCGCACAUUAUCAAAGAAGGUAAUUGUCGAUAAUGAUAUAGUUUCAGCGAGUCAAAUUAAUUCUUUACGAUCUUUUAUUCCAUGACAUCGCUUUUUAAAUGAAUAGCUACAAUAAAAUAGACAAACGUUUAACGCGAGACAACUUUAUCUAUAUAAAAUUCUUUAUUUAAACGAAAAAGAUGAAUUUUCUUGGACCGCUCGUAAAUAUUUGAACCAUUGACAAUCGGUAUUCUACUGCUUCACACAAUACAUACAAUAAAUAUCAAUAAACCGAAGGGGUAUCGCCGGCAUCGUAAUACACGUAAAACGUAAACACGGUGUUUGUGAGAUGUUUCAUUGAAUUACUUUAAGAGUAAAAUGAAACAAUUCAACAUUAUCAUUACGGAAGAAGAAGCAAAGUGCGUAACGAUCUGCAAACAAUCUCUUAUUCUAUGAUUAAUAAUUAUUCCACAAUUACAAUAACUAUGGACCUAUCAUACUCGUAUAAUGAUCCAAAAUUGUAUAUCAUACACUGAAAAUACUAGAAAAAAUUGCCAUUAUUUCAAACUAACACCGAGAAAAGUAUCCAAAGUAUUGGUAUACUCUUAAUAAUAAAACAUUACAUGUUAUCAUAAUCUAUGCGUGAUUUGAUCUUAAUUACAAUUACUAAGAAAAUCGAUGCGAUAGAAUCUAUAUAAAUAUUUUCAAAGUAAAACUGAAAAUAUAUCUAUAUAUGUAAUUCGUAAAAUUUCUCGUUACGGACUCUGAUGUUGUUUAAUUACCUGUCUCUCAAUACAUGUUUCUGACAUUAUUAAACGAAACAUACAUACAUGUGCAUUAAUAUAAACAUACAGGCAUCGUAUUCAAACUUGAAUGUCCAAUGAUCUACGUUCUACAUCCGAACAAUUAUAGAUGUCAAAUGAUUAUCCACAAAGGUUGUUGAAUAAUUUUUAGUCGUUUCGGUCGAUCUGCCAAAAUCUGGAUUACAUCGUUUUAUAAGAGGAACUAAUCUUUCAAGAAUUAUUAAGAAUUUUUUUAAUACUAGAACUAGAAUUGAUUUUUUACGCAGUUUACAACGAAAAGAUCGUAACGAUAAUAUUACACAUAUAUGUAUCGACCAAAUAUGUAUAUACAUAUGUAUAUUCAGAGAACGAGAUGCUUUGUAAAAGUUCGGUACGAAUAAAAGAUACCAAUUCAAUUUUGUUUGACGAAAAAUGCAUCUGAAAUGUGAACUGAGAUGAUAUGUACAUACAUACGCACAAGCAUACGCACGCGCGCGAACACACACACGUAUAUGUAUAUACAUACAUGCAUAAAUAUUUAUUAUACCUAUUACGUAAGUGAAUUCCGACAAAAUUGGAAUCUCUUCCUAUUGUAGUCGAUGCAUUUCGUGUGUUCAAUAAUCUCGACUAUACAUAUUUCAUUUCUGAAAGAAAUGUGUUCAUUAUAUGUAUAAGAUAUUUCUUUCUAUAUAACAUAUAAAAAUUAUCUAACGAGAAAUGGUAUGACAAACUCGAUUGGAAAGAAAUUUAAGGAGACGUUCGAAAUUCUCGUAGUCAAGAGGUACAACAAAUUUAAAUAAAUUACCGAUCGUCUAAUGAUCCGUAACAUUGUAAUACACAUUUAUCGGAAUAGUUUUAGUCAGGAAUCAUUAUUGCGCUUACUUGUGUAAGUAAAAUAUUAUGAUAUAAUAUUAAGCGUCCUAGGAAAUUUAUGUCGGUAGACUUUUAUUCGAUUAUAAUAAAUCAGUACCUUACAUAAACUAA